AUGAGCCAGCGGAGCUCUCGCAGCCCGUUCGUGCCCAGCCGUCUGCGGGGGCUGCCGCCGCUGCCGCCGCCGCUCUUUGACGCCGAUUUUGUACGCCGCAUGUCCCGUGGCAGCACGCCAGCAAGCUCGCCGCGGGAAAGCGAGCUCUCGCCGCGCGACAGCGACGACCUGGGAGGCGGCCGGGUGUUCUUUGGAGGCGACUCGAGCAGCGGCGCCGACCUCUCCUGCGAUGCGACGGAACGGCCACCGACCGAGGCCUCAGUCUUGGGCAGCUGGCUGCAUGUCGGCAAGCAUGGACACCGGGCCAGCGUCUCUGGCACACGGCCCAGGAUAGUGCCAAGAGUGCCUUCCUGCGUUGCAGUGUAUAGUGGCCUCUGA